AUGGAGGUGAUAGGUGAGGCAGGAAUUAUCUUUCUUCUCUUGGUACUCUCAAUUUUAUUAUUCUCAUCUAUGAAAAUGUAUCAGGGCCAGCUACCUCCAGGACCCACUCCUUGGCCCCUUCUAGGGAACCUCCUGCAGAAAGAUACAAGGAACGUCUCUGACUCAUACCAAAAGCUCAGCAUGAAGUAUGGCCCAAUAUUCACUAUCUGGAUGGGACCAAAACCUGUUGUUGUGCUCUGUGGAUAUGAAGUAGUGAAAGAUGCCUUGGUGAAUUAUUCUGAAGAGUUUGGUGGGCAACCCCCACUUCCCAUUUUUGAUAGUGUGACCAAGGGUCGGGGGCUCCUCAGCACAAACGAGAUGAAAUGGAAGGAACUGCGUCGCUUCACCCUCUCCACAUUGCGGAACUUUGGGAUGGGGAAGAUGAUGAUGUCAGAGCGGAUACAGGAGGAGGCAAACUGCCUGGUGGAAGUGAUGGCAACCACACAAGGGCAGGCUUUUGAUCCGCAAAAUAGCAUUUCAAGUGCUGUUGCUAACGUGAUCUCUGCCAUGCUCCUUGGGAGUUCAUUUGGCCACAACAACCAGGACUUUCUAGAGUACCAGCGUAUUAUGAUGGACUUCCUGAGGUUCAGCCACACUUUUUCAGGACUGGUUUACAACUGCAUUCCAAAGAUAAUGGAUUAUCUGCCUGGAAGACACAAAAAGGUUUUUGCUGAUUGUGAAAAGCUGUGUACCUUCAUCCAUGAGAGAGUGGAGUACCAUAGGCAGACACUGGAUCCUCAGAACCCCCGUGACUAUAUGGAUUGUUUCCUUAUCAAAUUUGAAAAGGAGCAAUAUUCUGCAAGUGGUCUGUACACCACUGAAGACCUUGUAAUGAAUACAUUUGUCCUCCUUCAAGGUGGAACACUAUCCAUGACCCAUUUUUUGCUGUACAGCCUUCUGGUGAUGACCAUGUACCCACACAUUCAAGAAAAGGUCCAGCAGGAGAUUGAUGAAGUAGUAGGUGCCAACCGCACCCCUAACAUGGAAGACCGGGUGAGACUGCCUUUCACCAACGCAGUGAUCCAUGAAAUCCUACGUUAUGAGCUAAACAGUGUGGAUCCCAUACCACAUAUGAUGACUCAACAUACAGACUUCAGGGGUUACUCCAUCCCCCAGGGCACUACUGUUUUUCCUAUGACUGUAUCUGUUCUCUUCGAUCCACUGCAUUGGGAGACCCCUGACGAGUUUAACCCAGGGCACUUUUUGAAUGAGAAAGGAGAAUUCAGGAAGAGGGAUGCCUUCAUGCCUUUUUUGGCAGGGAAGCGUGCAUGCCCGGCAGAAGCACUGGCUCUCACAGAGCUGUUCCUGUUCUUUACUAGCCUGUUGCAGAAUUUCUGCUUCCAUAUUGUUUCUGAAGAGAGAGAUAUCACUAGUUUGUUUUACAAUUUUAACAGAAGAGGGCUAUACCCCCAGAUCCAAGCAAUUCAACGUUGCAAGUAA